CGCAGGCGAAGGCGCAAUCGAACCGGAGUCCGAACUUGUUAAUCACUCUUGAAUGAUGAUGGAUGUGGAUAUGCAACUUGUUGGUUGUGAUGAGGCAGAAUUAAGAAUUUGUGAUGUUUUGGAGGUGUUGCAAGGAGAGGAAGUAGCUGAGGCCCUGGUAGUAUCAACUCCCAAACCAAUUGUCCGCAUUGUGGAGCAACCUGCUCCUCGGGCUUUGAGGUUUCGUUAUGCAUGUGAAGGACGCUCAGCUGGUAGUCUUCCUGGGGUGCAUAGCACUCCUGGUGCUCGAACUGUCCCUGAGAUUGAGGUCUUAGGUUUGCCAGACAAUAUAAGAGCUGUUGCACUUGUAUCCUGUGUAACACGAGAUGCACCAUACCGACCUCAUCCACAUGCAGUGGUUGGGGGUCGUGGUGAAUUGGGUGGUAUAGCUUGCCAUGGAGGAGUAUGUGUGGCUGCUCUUAAUGGAUCACGCUUGCCCUUGCCUCAUCUCGGUGUUCAAUGUGUGAAGCGUCGUGAUGUGGAAAUUGCACUACGAGAAAGAGAAAAGCUAAGGAUUGAUCCUUUUCAGACUGGUUUUGAUCACCGGAAGAACCCUUCUGUUAUUGACCUCAACUCAGUGAGACUAUGCUUCCAGGUUUUUCUUGAAGGAGAAAUAAAGGGCAAGUACACUGUGCCUCUGGAUCCAGUUGUCUCUGAUCCUAUCUAUGACAAAAAAGCAACUUCUGAACUCUUGAUUUGCAAGAUGAGUGACUGCAGUGCAAGUGUUGCGGGAGGUCGAGAGAUCAUUCUCCUUUGUGAAAAGGUGGCAAAAGAUGACAUUGAAGUGAGGUUCUUUGAACAAGACGUGGAAGGCAAUGUAUGUUGGGAAGCUGCUGGAGACUUCACUCCUGCUCAUGUACACAGACAGGUGGCCAUAUGCUUGCGAACUCCACGGUACUGUCGCCUGGAUGUAUCAGUGCCAGUGUCUGCUUUUGUGCAGUUGCGUCGUCCGUCUGAUGGUGCAUGCAGUGUGCCAUUGCCAUUUGAAUUAACACCUUUGGCACCUGUUCGAUCUUCUUUACCUUGGCUACGUCGCCCAUCUCUUGUUCUUUCAUCAUCUGCGGCUUCUACUUCAAGCGUAACUGAAGCAACAAGUAAUGGCACUUCAUUGUGUACUCUUGUACCAGUAGUGUCUUCUCCUACAGAUAUUCCUUCUGGUCUCUUAACUGUGCAUUGAUUACCUCCAAUGAUGGCUCAAAGAUCUUCAUCCAUUAUAUACUAUGAGUGUGUUGAAUUUUAUUCUCUACCCCUGACCUGCUGAUUGUGAACAUUGCUGUUCCUGAAGUGAAGUUGUAUCACUUUUACUCAAUCGUAAACACAUUUGAUAUUAAGCAUUAUGAAGAUAAUGAUAAGUAAAUUUUUUAAUUUCAUCAUGACUAAUAAUUUUUUGUCAUGUAUUAAAUUAAGAAUAGUAAAUGUCAUUUAACAUUUUUUAAGACAUUUCUUCUUCAGAUGCAAUACGAGUAGAUGAAAAUGGAUGUAGAAUUGUGGAUUAUAGAAUGUGAAUGUUAAGGUGUAUGUACUAUGAGAAAGAACUACAUGUACAAAAACUUUUUGAGAAACUUAAUGUUGUUGUUUGGAAUGUACCUGAAAUGUGAGUGAUGAAUGAUAAGGCAUGUAUCAAAGAUGUAGUGUCAUAGCUUUUAUCCCCAAACCAGUAGAAUAAUUAAUUUCUCUGGUUUCACGAGUGAUAUUGUUGUUUUAAAAAGACAUGUUCAAAUUAGUUUGAACAUUCAUAUCAAGUUUUCUGUUACACUCAUUGUGAUUAGUAUAGUAGGUGUUUUCUUAACAAGAAAAGGAAAAAGGCAGACUAUCUUUUAAAUUUACUGAAUAAAACUGUCUUUCUGAGAAAGCCUAGAUUCUUUUUCUUACCUGUUAAAAUAUUUGUUGAUUUUAUAACCGUCAGUAAUCAUUACACAUUUAUUGUCUUUUUUAUAAUGUUUAUUAUAAUUGUAUACAUCUCUAGUGAACUGUUGAGUAUUGAAAUAAAAUGUACAAAAAAAA